GUCCUUCCAUGCAUUGUACCACAGUUACGUCGUCGCAUAUCCCAGAAGCUCCCAGCCUAAACACUCGUCGUCGACGCAUUCGAACGAUCAAUUCCGUGCUGCAUAGUGACAUUGACACGGCACAUAUGACCUCGUGACCGCUUCGUCUCCCAGGGUUGAUUGCCAAUACGAUCUGAACCUAUCGCAGAACUUUGCCAUUAUUCCCGACUGCAUCUCGAGCUCUCUCGUAAGCGUUCAUAUUACGAGCAUGCCGGCCAAGACAUCUGCCAAGAAGAUAGCACCCACACCCAAGACAACGGAGGACAUCUGCCUACGUCGCCUAGAACGCCGUUCAAAAGAGAGUGUAGAGAAACAAAUUUCGCUUGCCGAAACCAUAUCACCCUUGGACACCUACCCACCUUUACUACGCAUCCCGUCUGAGAUUCGGAGGGAGAUUUUCCGAUAUGUCUUACCAUCAUCAAACAAGCGAUUUAUUCUCUACACCGAUUGCGACGCACGAUCCAUCAGCAGGAAAUGGAACAAGAAUUGCCGCCCUCACCCUGACAGACACUUAAGUCUGGAUGUUUUACGGACGAAUCGCCUGAUCUAUCACGAAUGCCUGCAAAUCAUAUACUCGGAGAACCAGUUCCAUUUCUAUGCAUUCAACUAUUUGCCUGUUCUGGAUUUCAUACGUCAUUUAAGCCCUGAAGCCAAGAAUCAAGUCCGCAAUGUGCGGCUCACACCUUUGACGGAUAAGCAGGAUGAUCCGCCAGCGUCGCACGAUGUAUUCUGUACCGUCAUGCAUGACUCUUUACCUGGACUCAGUCAACUACAGGCAGAUCCAGUAGUCUUCUUCUAGGAGAAACGGCCGGUUUUCCUUGAUUCUUUGUUACUACCACCAGCCAGCUGGGAGGCAUUCGCAGUUAAUUCUUCUAGUGGACUCUAGCUUCCUGCAUUAUUGUAUACGCCUUGCAGACACAUUACAUGUCUAUUCAAAGGUGCGAUAGCCUUUGUAGAAGCCUUCUCCAUUGUCGCAUCCAAGUACAUAGGCGAAUUCACGAGGACAUGCUCUCGCGUUCAUAGCGCAUCUAUGAGCUACAGACCGACUUCAUCGUUAUUUCGUCUAUCCCAGACCGUCUGUUCCGCAGGUUUCAGCGGCUUGUGUGAGCCGAUGUACUCCAGG